GACCAUCGAAGUCCUGCAAUUAUAAAUGAUUUGGUGACGAGCCAAGCUUGCAAUGCAGGCAAUAAAAACCGUGGAAAAAGAAGUGACUUUUAUAAAGGAAAUACUUUUCACAGAAUCCUUCUUAAAGAAACAAGAGUGCAGCAGAAGCCCGGAGAGCAGGCGGCUCAGCGAGCAGCAGCCAUUGGAAGGAGCUGUCUGCAGCUCUCAGUGCUGUACUGAGCAUGUCCCAGCGGAGCCCAGUGCAAGCAGCACAUUAUGCAAAAAGGCAGCUCUAGCAGAUGGGAGAGAGGCACAGCAAGCAUUUGCUUCACUUGCAUCACCACCGCUUGAAAACAAACCUGGAUCGCUAGAGGGGAUCUCGCCGGCAGGCCAAAGGAAUGAAAUACGGGAGCAUGGCUUGAUUGUUGAAGGUGUUGCGCUGCGAAAAAUCAUGGGGAAUCAAGAUGGGAAGCUAAAGAAAAAUACAGGUGAUGUGCACGAAGGAGGAGAGGAUGCCUCUGGGCCCAAGGAUACAGAUGGCACAAAGAAGGUAUCGGGAAGCAGAAGGGGACUGGGGAAGCAUGCAAAAGGAAGUGAAUCCGGUAAGAAGAAGGGUAAGUCAGACUCGAGGGCCUCAGUGUUUUCAAAUCUGAGGAUCAGAAAAAAUCUGUCCAAGGCUAAAGAUGGGAAUAGUAGUUCACGGGAGGAUGUUUUGGAAAGCCAGGCCUUGCAGGCUGGAGAGCUGGACAGUACUCAUUCAAUUGUUACCAAAACUCCAGAUAUAAGCAUCUCUGCGGAUGAAGGGGGUCUCUCAGACACAGAUGUUGAACAUUUUGAAAUCAGAAAUGAAGCUGUCCCAGCUGCUGUGGAGACACAGGAUGGACAAAGGACCAGCUCUGGCUCUGAUACGGAUAUAUACAGUUUCCAUUCAGCCACAGAACAAGAGGAUUUGCUUUCUGAUAUCCAGCAAGCUAUUAGACUGCAGCAGCAGCAGCAGGGGGCAAUUAACAUUGGAACUGAGGACCUUGUCACCAAAACAAUGGGCCGACACAUGGCUAAUUCACAAGCAGCCCCCUUAGAUUUUGAACGGUUUCUUUCAGUAACUACCACUGACAAAGAGAGGAGCCCAGACACUGACGGGGCUUUCCCAGCAAUAUCUGAAAUUGCAGAAAACAUUCCCAUCUCCUGUGCAACUGAACGUGAACUGAAAGAAGCGGUAAAUGGCACAGGCUCUCCUGGUAACGGCUUAUUUGAAACACAAGAACGUAAGCUAUUGAUAGAGGAGCAGGAACAGCUCGUUGCUGGAGUGGAUGCUGUAGCUAGUGAACUAGAAGAUGAUUUAAAUAGAACUGCAGUAGAAAACCGGUCUCAGACACGUAGCUCCACACAACCUUUUCCAACCUCGGUAGCAGAUGCUGAGACUAAAAUUGCUGAAGUGCAGGCUAUUGAUUUGCAGGGCUCAGUAACAGAGGAUGGUAUUUCAGAUGCAGGCCGUGAUCAUGCUGCUGAGACUCAGGAAGGGAAACACACUCUGUCAGCCAGUCAAGAGAACCUGCAUAAUGGUUUACCCACUGAAAUGAAGAAUGGCAUUUUGUCCUCUGAGGGGACAGCAGACAGUCCGAUGCUUGGUUCCCGAUGCUUUAAGCCCUAUCUAAUUAAUCCUUGUUACAUCAAAACCACAACUAGGCAACUGAGUUCUCCCAACCAUUCACCUUCUCCCUCCCCAUCCCAGAGUCCGCUUUUUACAAGGAGGCAGGAGUCCUUCCACAAAAAAGAAAAAGUCUCAAUCAAGAAGCAGAGGUCUGCUAGUUUGGCAGGUUUAUUUAGUCGUUCUGCAGACUGGACAGAAGAGGUAUCUAAUCACAAAUGUGAGAUAACGCAGAAGGUGGGCUCUGCAGGCUACUUGGAGCACAAGGGGUUUAGAGAGAAACUGCAAGCGGAAAGAGUGCCUUUGACUCAUUCAAGAAAGUCCUCAGGGGUGCAGGCUUCUACAGAGACAUUUCCCAAUGUCUUUUCAGGACGAACUCUGCUAGAAAAGCUCUUCAGCCAGCAGGAAAAUGCACCACAAGAAGAAGCAGAAAAACUAUGUUCUCGCAUUAUUGCAAUGGGUCUUUUGCUUCCAUUCACUGACUGCUUCAGAGAACCCUGUAAUCAGAGUGCCCAGCAAAGCACACCCACGUUUGAUCAAGACCAGCUUUAUACUUGGGCUGCAGUUAGCCAACCCACACAUUCAUCAGAUUACAUUGAAGGAAGCUUUCCAAGGAGAAUUCCAUCUGUGUGGCCCCCACCCAAACCUCCAGAUGAAGAACAAAGACUCAAAAUUACGGAAGAAGAGUUGAAAUCUACUGUCCUAGAAACAGAGAAACAGUGCAUAGAAGAUGUUCAGCAGGACGAUCUUGAGGUGAAAUCUGAGGAGCGUGCCAGUGUCAUCCAACAACUUGAGCAAACUAUUGAGGAUCUGAGGACCAAAAUUGCAGAACUAGAGAAACAGUUCCCUGCUGCAGAGGUACAGACUUCUGGGAGGGAGCAGGAAAAUGAGCACACGCAUGCAAUCUGCGGGGAACUCAGCUGUGUGACUCUUCAAACGAACAAAGAGGAAACCAUACCCAGGACUGUGUCACAAGCAAGAUCUGUACAAACGUCACCAACGGAGGAUUAUUUAACACACACAAUGCCUUCAGCCAAUGCACUGCCACAGCCACCCCCACCACCGCACUUAGAAGGGGGCAAAAGUGAAGAGCCAACUCAGAAAUUGCCAGCUCUAGAACUACAGCCCACGUUUUGUUCUGAAAUCUCCUUAAUUCUGUCGCCGAAGCUAAUCUCAGUGCCACUGGAUGCAAGCCAAUCAGAACAGAGUACGCUGAAGUCACCUCUUCCAGGACCCAAAGUUAAUUUGUCCCUUGCAUUUGAAGGAGAGACUGAAAUUCCAGCUUCCCAUCAGCCUUUAAGUACUGUAGAUGUGACUUGUAGUGAACAUCCCCCUUCUUUGCCCCCGGAGCCCACAUGUAGCAUUCCCCCAUCACUGUCAGCCACCGAACAAGCUGCUCCCCUGUCUGGAGAACAGGGCCCUUCCCUUGUGACUCCCACAUCCAUAGCAGGAGUACCACCCCCACCAGCCCUGCCCAGCUCAGGACUCCCUCCUUCUGCUGGCUCAGCAGUGCCACACCUGGACCACUCUUUGCCGGGCAUCAUGAUGUCACCACUCCCCCCUCCUCCUCCCCUUCCACCUUUGCUGAGUGGAGAGAUACCAAUACUGGCUCCAGCUGCUCCUCUCCCUUGUGCUGGAGUCCCACCACCACCUCUACCACCACCUUUGCCCGGAGCAGGAGUCCCACCCCAUCUGCCCAGUUGGGGCAUCCUGCCUCCCCCUCCACCACCACCACCUUUACCUGGGGCUGGUGUCCCUCCCCCACCUCCUCCUCUGCCUGGACUGGGAAUGCCCCCCCCCCCCCCAGCACCCCCUCUGCCUGGAGCAGGGCUGCCACCACCACUUCCACCUCUGCCUGGUACAGGUGUCCCCCCUCCGCCUCCUCCACCACCUCUGCCUGGUACAGGUGUCCCCCCUCCGCCUCCUCCACCUCCUCUGCCUGGUGCAGGUGCCCCCCCUCCACCACCUUUGCCUGGUACAGGUGUCCCUCCGCCACCCCCUCCUUUGCCUGGGUUGGGGAUGCCACCUCCAGCCCCACCACCUUUGCCUGGAGAAGCACCACCCCUUCCAGCGCCAGCCCAGGGCAGCACCUACCCAGCAGUCCCACAGGGCUAUGGGUUUCUUCCUCCUCCGUUACCAUCUGGUUUAUUUGCAAUGGGGAUAAAUCAGGAGAAAGGGAGCAGGAAACAUGUGAUAGAGCCUUCUCGGCCAAUGAAGCCUCUUUACUGGACAAGAAUUCAGCUCCACAGUAAAAGAGAUUCUAGUGCUUCACUUGUGUGGGAAAAAAUUGAAGAGCCUUCCAUAGAUUAUCAUGAGUUUGAAGAACUGUUUUCUAAAACAGCUGUUAAAGAGAGGAAGAAACCCAUUUCGGACACCAUUACAAAAACAAAGACUAAACAAGUUGUCAAGUUGUUAAGUAACAAAAGAUCUCAAGCUGUUGGAAUAUUAAUGUCUAGCCUUCAUUUAGACAUGAGGGACAUUCAGCAUGCUGUUGUGAACUUGGACAACUCUGUGGUUGACCUAGAGACCCUUCAAGCCCUGUAUGAGAAUAGAGCACAAUCAGAUGAAUUAGAAAAAAUAGAAAAGCACAGCAAGGCAUCCAAGGAAAAAGAAAACGCCAAGUCUUUGGAUAAACCGGAACAGUUCCUCUAUGAACUCUCACUAAUUCCCAACUUUUCAGAACGUGUAUUUUGCAUCCUGUUCCAAUCAACAUUUUCAGAAAGCAUUUGUUCAAUCCGCCGCAAACUUGAAUUGUUACAGAAACUGUGUGAGACAUUGAAAAAUGGGUCAGGAGUUAUGCAGGUCUUGGGUUUGGUUCUUGCCUUUGGAAAUUACAUGAAUGGUGGAAACAGGACACGAGGACAGGCUGAUGGGUUUGGACUUGAUAUCCUGCCAAAACUGAAAGAUGUCAAGAGCAGUGACAACAGCAGAAGUCUUCUAUCUUACAUUGUCUCAUACUAUUUGCGUAAUUUUGAUGAGGAUGCUGGGAAAGAACAAUGCAUCUUUCCUCUUCCAGACCCACAAGAUCUCUUCCAGGCUUCACAAAUGAAGUUUGAAGACUUUCAAAAAGAUCUCCGCAAAAUGAAGAAAGAUUUGCGAGUAUGUGAGACAGAAGCAGCAAAAGUUUAUCAGCUAUCACUAGAAGAGCACCUCCAGCCUUUCAAAGACAGCAUGGAGCAAUUCAUUAGUCAAGCUAAAAUAGACCAAGAAAAUGAAGAGAAGUCACUGGCAGAAGCACAUAAAAGCUUUUUGGAAACUGCAGCCUAUUUCUGUAUGAAACCAAAAAUGGGAGAGAAAGAGGUGUCCCCACAUUCUUUCUUCAGUAUUUGGCAUGAAUUCAGUUCUGACUUCAAAGACUUCUGGAAGAAGGAAAACAAACUUAUUCUUCAAGAAAGAGUUAAAGAAGCAGAGGAGGUCUGCAGGCAGAAAAAGGGGAAGUCGCUCUACAAUAUAAGACCAAAACAUGACUCCGGAAUUAAAGCAAAGAUAAGUAUGAAAAUCUGA